AAAGCAACAGCACACAGGCCACAGGGGACACAACAAACACAGGGAGUGAGCGAGAGAGAUGCCAGGGCCAGGCGGCUGCUGCAGUCUGCAGACGUUAUUCCAAGCUCGCAUUGAACUGCUCCAAAGGGAUCCCAAAGCACCAGCCUUUCUCGCGGUCCGAUGCGUUCAAAGAUCUCUGCGAAAACAAAAGAAUGAGAGGAGGGAUUGGGAAAGGAAAGACGGGGCGGGGCGGGGCGGCAUCAUCAUGCCAUGCCAUGCCAGCAGCUGAGUCCUGCUCGAGCACUUGGCUUGUGAGAAGGAAGAAAAAAAAAUGCAACGGACAUGUUGCUCGGUUCAAAUCGGCGCCUUCGGCUGCUCCCUCCCAUCAUAAUAUAAGGACCACACACUCCCCCUCAGUGCCCAUGAGUGCGACACCCAAACGGCCGAACCAUUGCUUAGAGGGAGAGAGAGCAGGGGAGUGACCAUUUCUUCGAGGGAGAGCGUGGGUAGUAGUAGUAGCAGCAGCAGCAGCAGCAGCUUGAGAGAAGGAACUAGCUGGCUGAGAGAAGCAAAGGACAUGGCUUCCUUGCCUGAUCCCACGGUGUACUACCCCGCGUCCUCUAACGCCAUCCUGCGCGCGCAGCCGUCGUCCACCGCGGCGGCGUCCAAGGGCUCGUUCGGCCCGGUCUUCGCCGUGCUCGCGGUGAUCUCCUUCCUCGCCGUGGCCGCCUGCGUCGUCGGCAGGCUUUGCGGCCGCCGGCUCUCCAGGAAGAGGUCCGCCGACCAGGACUUCUACGGCUCCGACGCCGUUGGCGGCGACCUGGAGAAGGGCUUCGAGAUCAAGUACCCGACGAUGAAGCCCAUGGCGAGCUCUCGCGCCAUGAUCCACGACAUCGACGACGGCUUCGAGAUCAAGUUCGCGCCGGGGAAGCCUGCGGCGUGGAAGAACGACAGCAAGGCCGACAACAAGGGGCGUCAGCAUCAGGUCCAGGUCCAGGUCCAGGGCCACGGCCAGCAUCAGCUUCAGCAUCAGCACCAGCAGCACCAGCUCGUUGGCAUUCCCAAAGGCUACGCCGUGCCCAAGGAGUACGCGGGCUUCAGAUACCCUGCGGAAGCCGUGGUCAGGCAGGGGCAAAUAAGGGGCGGGGCAUUCAUUCCAGCAAAGCCUGGCACAUGAACAUAUAGCAGCAGCUUAGGUUCACAACUCGAUUGAUUGAUGUAUCACAUAUGAUACGUGGUACAAUCUCUCAUCAUCCCUCGGGCGAACGAUAGCGUUUUCAUCUUCACUCUAGUUUUGGGGCGUACUGUGCAAAAGUUCCCUACGCGAACUAGUUCCAGGCACUUCCAUAUCGUGCUUUGUACAUUGACCCAUUAUAAGCAGUGAAGAAUAUCUCAUUCUCCAGUGA